UCGGUGACAUCUCCAUCCCGGCAGCGGCAGCCGCGGCGGUGACAGCCCCCGCAGUCGGCAUCGGCGGGGAGCCCCGCGGCUGCCACGGGGAAGGGAUGGACGGCCGCGGGGAGCAGCGGCUCUCGGCCGGCGGCGAGCUGCCGCUCUACUGCCCUGCCAACCGGGACAGGCAAGGGGACAGCCAGAGCAACACCCCCGGACAAGAGGGGGCAGUGGCCGCGCUGCCCAUGGUGCACAGAACCACCUCCUUCUCCGUGCUCGACAUCCUGGACCCUAACAAGUUCAACAGCAAGCGGCGGCAGUGCGCGGGCUUGUACAAAUCGGCGGGGACCGAGUUCACUCUGGGGGCGGAGGAUAAGCCCGAGGACUCAGGGACGGAGCUGGUCGAGCAAAAGGCUCUCGCCGAAGAUUUCGACGCGUGCAAGAAAUCCGCAGAGCUGAUCAAGGACGGGGAGCUCUACAAGGCCGAGGAGUGCGACCUGGACUACAGCAGCCGGCCGAGCCGCAGCCCCGACAGCGAGCUGCCGGACGACGAGGAGCUGUGCAGCGAGGAGAGCGGCAGCACCAGCAGCAGCAGCGGCGGCAGCUCCGGCCCGGCGGCUCCCGGAGAGCCCGACCCGGGGCCGCUCCGAGCAGAGCCGGCCGAGCCGGGGGGUGUCCCAGCCCCGCCGCCCCCACCGCCGCCCCCGCCGCCGCCGCCCGUCGGGGCGCAGCCCGGCCCGCAGGCCAAGCCCAAGAGGAAGAGGACGGGCUCGGACUCCAAGUCGGGCAAGCCCCGUCGGGCGCGGACAGCCUUCACCUACGAGCAGCUGGUGGCGCUGGAAAACAAGUUCAAGUCCACGCGGUACCUGUCGGUGUGCGAGCGCCUCAACCUGGCGCUGUCGCUCAGCCUCACCGAGACGCAGGUGAAGAUCUGGUUCCAGAACCGGCGCACCAAGUGGAAGAAGCAGAACCCCGGGGCGGACACCAGCGCGCCCACGGGCGGGGGCGGCGGCGGCGGGGCGGGGGGCGCGCUGGGCGGGGGGGCGCUGCCGGGGGGGCUCAGCCCGCUCAGCCACUCGCCGCCCAUGGGCGCCCCGCUCUCCAUGCACGGCCCCGGCAGCUACGCCGGGCACCCGGCCGGGGGGCUGGUCUGCGCCGCACAGCUGCCCUUCCUGCCCAGCCCCGCCGUCCUCUCGCCCUUCGUCCUGGGGUCCCAGACUUACGGCGCCCCGGCUUUCUACACCCCGCACCUAUAAGCCCCGACGCCCCUUCCUCAUCCUCCUUAUUCCCGGCCCAUUCCCGCUGUGCCCCUUCGGGACCACCCGGCCGGGCUCCGGGGGAGCCGCUCACCGCACGACCCCCCGCUCCCGAGAGGUGAAACCAAGAACCGACUGGCAGCGACACCGGGGGGGGUGGAAGAGAAGGGACAGCCAGGUGUUCCCACUGCCCCCCGGCUGCCACCGACCCCGGGGGUGCAAAGGGGCGGCCCCCCCGCCCUCCGUCCUUUCUACGGCCCUUUUUCUACGCGAUGUGUCCGGACUGCGCUGCUGAAGGGAGGAGGAGGAAAACCUCCCUCCCCCGUGUACAUACAAGUAGAUGUAAAUCAUUGUUACCUGUAUUUUUAUUUUUUUCACCGUCCCUCGUUGCUAUGUGGGUUUGAUUAAUUUUAUUAUUAUUAUUAUUAUUUGACUUUGUUUUUAUUCUGGUCUGGCCACACUCAAAAGACUUUAAAAAAAAGAAAAUAUUAUGUUCCCAUUUGACUCUCAGGGUAAAGCAGAGAACUUAUCGGUCCUGUCCCUCGACAUUGCCGAGGCAACGACGCUCCGCUCCCUCCCGUGACCUCACGGUGACGACGGAUAUUUUUUACAGACGUCACUCUCGAACGACCCCCGAGCUCGGCUGAGACCCUGCGGACCCGCGGGGGCGAGGGAAUCUCGCCUGGGAAGGGGCGGCGGGGGCAGCUGCUGGGGCGCAGGGCUGGUUUUUUUACGUUAACCAUUUCUGUAUAUUUCUGGUUGUUACAAAAAAAAAAAAAGUUUUAACUUUGUAAUUAAUGUAUAAGGUGAGGGAGUAAUGAGCAAGAGGUGAUAAAGAAAGCACUUUGUUUGCUAAACACUUUAAAUCAAUCAAUAAACUCCAAGGAAACGGCGCUUUCCGUGCUGGCGAGUCCCUGUUUUUCGGCUGAAUCUUUGUAAGACAAGUUUCCUGAGGAAAACGCCUGGCUCAUGAGACGCUUGGAGGGAUGUCUUGCAUCUUCCUUUUUUUGUUGUUUAUUCUGAGAGCGUAUUUCUUACACGCAAAUAAACUUUAUUCUUCUUGUAUGAGAGAGGGUAUUUCCCUUCUUAGUUCCCUUAUUUGUAAUUUCUUAAUUGGCUUUGCCGAUUUGUGCAAUAUUAAGAACAAAAAAAAAAAAAGAAAAUUUAUAUAUAGAGAGAAUCCGACACCUCUGCCUUGUUUCCACUGACGAGGAGUCCAAUAUUUUGGAUAUAUGUAAAUUUAGUAAGUCGGCUCUUUCAAAUUCCACCACUUUUGAAAAUAAAGUAGUCUUUCC